GCGGGCGGGCGGGCGCUGGUUGGCGGCGGGGGGACACGUGAGGGGGGAGGGCGGCAGGAGUUUCCCCGACAGCUGGAGGUUGCGGCGGCGGCUCCUCCUCCUCCUUCUUCUCCUCCUCCCCGGGUCCCCGUUAGAGCCCAGACCCCCCGCGCUCCUCCUUAUUGACAAACACUCACACAAAGGGCCGGGCCGGGGACGCGUCUGGAGCCGGCAUGGGAGACAAGAAGAGCCCCACCAGGCCGAAGAGGCAGCCGAAACCUUCGUCGGACGAAGGCUACUGGGACUGCAGCGUCUGCACCUUCCGCAACAGCGCCGAGGCCUUCAAGUGCAUGAUGUGCGACGUGAGGAAGGGCACCUCCACACGGAAACCUCGACCUGUCUCUCAGCUGGUUGCACAACAGGUUCCUCAGCAGUUCGUGCCCCCUACACAAUCAAAGAAAGAGAAAAAAGACAAAGUAGAAAAGGAAAAAAGUGAAAAGGAAACAACGAGCAAAAAGAACAGUCAUAAGAAAACCAGGCCAAGAUUGAAAAAUGUGGAUCGAAGUAGCGCUCAGCAUUUGGAAGUUACAGUUGGAGAUCUGACAGUCAUAAUUACAGACUUUAAGGAGAAAACUAAGUCGCCACCUGCUUCCAGUGCUGCUUCUGCAGAUCAACACAGUCAGAGUGGUUCUAGCUCUGACAACACAGAGAGGGGAAUGUCCAGGUCGUCUUCACCCAGAGGAGAAGCAUCAUCACUGAAUGGGGAAUCUCAUUAAAGUUUAUUUUCUCCAAUUUCUUUAGUCUCUUCUCUUCAAAACAUACAAGUUCAUAAUUCUGUCACCUGUUACCACAUUUUCAUGACAGGUUAUCCAUGCACAAUUGGUAUGUUGACUGGAACGUAAUUUAUGCAGUUUAAUAAAAAAAAAAAAAAAGAAAAGAAAAAAUUGCAGUGGUGGAAACAAUAAUUUAAAUGCAGUCUACAAAUGCUUACAAAGCAUUUUCAGACCAGCUUUUUAAUCUUCAUGUGUAAAGGUGUCAUGAAAAUGUGGUUUGAAUGUUCAUUAUGCAGUGUUAUUGGUAAGUCCAUUUUCACUUUUAGUUUAGUGAAUUCUAACACAACUCUUGGAGUCUCUACUAUUGGCAUGUACUGAAUUUAAAUUUUUAUAACAUAGUUCAAGCUGCCUAAAUAUGUAUUAUUUGAGAAUUGUGAAACAUAGUUAUAUGUAUGCAAGUCAAAGAUCAACUUAAUCAACUAUUGCUGCAACAGAAUUUUCAUAAUAAUUAUCUUCUUAAAAACACCUGCUGGUACUUGGUGUGGUUAAAUAGGAAAAAUGUUAUUAAAUAAAACAUUUGUAUGAAUUUUUGCCAAUGUUUGACACAUUUUACUAUAUUACUGUUACUGAGUUAUGUUGGUGGUUUUACCGAUAUUUUUUCACACUUAAAACACUUAUUGUAAUGUUUACAAGCAAAAUAGAAAACACAUUGUAAGCACUGAUUGGUUAACCUUACAAUUCAGGUAAAGUACUAUGUUGUCACUGUACACUGGUAUUCUGUGUUGUGUACAAAAUAUUGAACUUCAGAUGAUGAUACAUCUGGCAAAACCUAACAUUUGGAAAUAUGAAAGUUUGGAAAAGCUUUAAAAUAACAGAAGCAUAGUUCUCAUUUCUGCUUAGUGCUGUUUCCUUGCCCCAAGUUUAUCUAGUGUCAUAUAGUCACUUAUUCCAUUACAGGAAUAUCAGAUGAUGCACAAGAAUUAGGAAAUAACAAAUACUAUUUUUUUUUGUUCUUGAAUCAGUUUAUUAAAUAUUGAUUUGGCCUAUUAGAAUCUAUUAUAUCAUAAGUCAGAUGAAAAAAUUUAGUACCCUACUUUAUGGCAUGAACUGUCAACACUUACACACUCAGCAAUAUACCGAUACAGAGCAGAACUAUAUACAAUCCCAUCUGGUAUUAUGUAAAAUUACCAAUAAAAUAUUUUUGUGAAUAUAGAUCUUGCAUUUUUGUUUACAACCAAUAAGUGUUUCGAUAGACACAUACAAUCUAUGUAUAGAUUUUAAAUUAUAGGUUCAGAUUCAGUACAAAAGUCCAUUUAGCUCCUUUUAGUGAGGUUGUCCACUUGCACUCCUAUGAUUCUUUUCAUUUUCAUUCAAAGUAAAUAUAUUUUUAAGCCCAUGUAAAAGUUGGAUGGACCUUCUUGGUAGCGAAUCCAGCCCCAAAUUAUUACCAACAUAUGAAUGGCUUCUUAACAGCUAAAACAAUGGAUUUUUGUAGCCCCUGACAACUGUGAUGUUUGGUGGUUUCUUGUAGUAAUGUAUUUUUCUGUUUUUAAUGCAGUACUUCUACAGGCACAAUGGUACUGUUCUAUUUCGUAAGAUGCUAGUUGUGAAAUACAGUUAGUUGCAUAAAAUGAAAGUCUGAUGUGAUAUCUGAGAACAUACAUACCUCAUUCCUUGGUGUUGCUGUUUAAACUUUUUAGAGAUCAAAUGUUAAUUAUAGGCUAUUUCAGAUGGAUAACUACUGAACUGUUUAUUAUGUAUUCUGCUUUAUCUUACUAAAUAGGAUGUCUGUUCAUUGCCAUUACCUGGCCAAAUCUCAGUAUCUGUAAAACAAUGCAUUUUAAGGUUCUUGAAUGUUUUUGGGGCCGGGCUGGUGUUCAGAGUAACAUACACUAGUUUUUAAAAGAAAAAUACAUGCUUCUCAACUUUAUUUUUUUAUAUUUUAUUUUUAGGUGGGACUAUUUGCAGACUAUACUGGUGUAAUGGAUUACAAGAGAGCUGAACUGUUUAAAGUAAGCAGUUUAAUGAUAGUGAAUCUCAUCACGAGAAAUUUUAUGAAAUGUGUUUCUAAUUUAAAAUAUAAUGAAUGCUAACACAUUUCAGAAUUCCUUGCAAACAAAUAAUUGUCUAUUACCAGUAGUUCACUAAGUGGGAAACGUAUUUUCAUUUAACUUCAUGUGAAUAAACCACCCAGCACUGCCAACGAGGUCUCUGUAUCUUCAGAAGUAAGUAGCCAUUUGGUUUUGAAGGAAGGGAAGAUGGAGUGGACUUUACUAUGAUUCAUCUGUCUCUAGAGAAUCUCAAAAACGUGGCACAAGGAUGGUUAUAAUCAAAAAGAACGCAGAAAAGUCUCAGUGUACUUUCAUGGAAUAAGACGCCCAAAAGGAAUUUCUAACCACAGAAACUACACCAGUCAGCUAGGAUCUAAAAACUGAGCUGUGGUGGUUUUAACUGAGCUAUUACGUUGCCACAGUUUAUACUGCAGUGAUGCCUGUUUUGGCAUUAAACAAAGUGAAGAUAAUUUCUGCCUGCUUGUGAUUAAAGGGAUGUGACAAUACUGACAGCAGAGUAGACAAAUUAAGUAGAAUAUGGCAUAAUGUUAUAAUUUAAAGAAACUUCACUUUAAUAAUUUCUAAAUAAUUUUGACUUGUAGUAAUCCCAAGUCCUUUUUCUAACUGUAAAUAUAUUUAAAAGCAUCUUUACUCCAUUUAUAAAAUGUGAAAAUUUAAUGUUGUAAUGUGUUUUGAUUAGCUAUUUUUCUCUGUGACUGCUUUCUGCAUAGGAACUGUUAUUUGUUAAAUCUAUAUAUGCACCAGUCUUCAACAGCCAUACAUCCUGGGUUGUUCAUGAAAUGGUGACCCAACAAAGAAAAGUGUGAUAGUGUUCCAUGUAAAUUAGUUCCUUUAUGUGCUGAUUGAUUGAUUGAUUGUCCGGUUUCAGAAAGGAAAAAGGGGGGGAGGGAAAUGGGGGAAAAUGAAGUAUAAAUAGUUCAUUGAUCAAGUAUACAAUAAUUCAGUCUUUUAUCUUCCUAACUUUGCUGAUAUUUGUAGGUGGUAUAAGGAAAAGAACAAAUAUACAAUUGUAGAUAAGGAUCCUUUUUUUUCCUGAAUUUAAAUUUAGGUAUUGGAGAUAAACAAAAGUUGCCCUUCUUAGUAGGAGAUUAAAUUAUGCCGUAUAAAGUCUUGCUUCUAACAGAAGCAAUAAUACAAAAAACAAAUUACAUGGAAAAAAAAUUCAAAUUCCUUACGUUGAAAGUCUUGAGAUUAAGACUGACUGACAUUUUAACCUGUUGUGUUUCUCUAGGUAUUUGGUGUUUUGGGGCAUAGAUUGUAAAAUAACAAAAAUUGUUUGAUUUUAUAAUCUGUGCACUUUUUUUUUUUUAAUAUUAGGGAUAGCACAUUUCUGGGUAGUCAUGUAAGAUGGAAUACUUUUUAUAAUUUGUUUCCACCAAUUCACUAUAGUGUUCAGGCAGGUCUUUGAAACUUGACACAAGUGUAUGGCUCUGCAUGUGGAUUCUUUGUUUUUUCUCUCUUCUGUCUCAAAAGCCUGACAGUUUUCUACAUUACGCUGAUUGAUUAUACUUUUGUUAUGCAGGAUGGAUUUGGCAUUGAACUGUCUAUUGUGUACUUUUAACAUACAUCCAGGGCUCUUUAACUGUAUCUGCUUAUUUUUUUCUGUCACAUGUCUUUAUUUGACUCUGCUCCCUACUAGGGAGGCUGGGUAUACUUCCAUUCAAAUAUCAGAAACUAUAUGGAAAUUGAAGCAUAAUUUAAUUUAAUUUCUCUAAAGGCAGCAACAAGUGCUGUACUUGCAGUAAACUUGGCCCAUGCUUACUCAGGAAUAAGAUAGGUAAGAUAAAAUGUUAAUGCUGGAUAUGGCAAGUGGAGCAGUCAAAUAUAUUUUGCAAACGGAUGCUUGUAUGUUAACAUUAAGAUUUGGGUGUGCUGGAAUUACAGUUUGAGCUUUCUAGUGUUUUUCUUACCUGAAAUUAUGCCCUGACUUAUGUCAGAGCAGCCUCAGUCUGAAAGGGUGUAACUUCACAUGCUAGCAAUAGUUGUACAGUAAAAUCAGACAAACUGAGGAAGCUCAGUUGUCUUUUUUUUUGUACUGUCAGAGUUUUAUCAAGAGGAGAAACUGUUAAGAGAUUUAAGACAACAAUCACGCCAAGCUUAGUUUGACAUCUAAAGAACCAUGUUUUAAUAAGAAUUAAGAGGAUUUAACUAUUAAAUUAAAAUUGGGAAAGUACUUCAAGCUAAUGACAAAUCAAUGCUUUGCAGAAAUUAUUGUAACUUCCUGUUGAAAAUAGAAUAAAUGGUGCAACAGCAAUGGAUAACUACACACUUGCUAGCAAAUGGUGUUAUCCAGCAGCAAGUGAUGUUUAAGUGACUCUCCUCAGACAUUACGCAACAAGAUUGUACUAUGUGUAUGAGUAAGGCUUAGGAGUUCAGGUGGCCCCUCCCCGCCUGAACUAUACUGUUGGGUUCCAACACUGAAAGAAAAUGCAGUGAAGAAAUAAAUUGGUUUCAGGUCCUAGAGUCUUAGUAAUGCAGGCGCUCUUUACCACUUCUGUUUAACUAUAUCAGUGAAAACCAGUUAAAAUGAACAACCCCUCAGUCCCACAGGAGAUACUUUUGAUCCUCUUCUCGCCCCUUUUAUUAUGGGAAACAGAAGUCAUCUGAAAGAACUUGCUCUGUCCACUGACAUGGGGAGUUUUAAGAGUAGACAGUUUAAUGGGCACAGGAAGUUUUAGCUUGCUAUUAAGGAGUUAAAAAUGGAAGAUAAAGGGCAAAAACAUAUUCUAUAGCUCAAAUGAGUAUUACUAAGAAUGAUCACAGGAGAUUGCUGUACCAUUUGUAAAAGACAAAAUAGUAACAUUAUCUAAUAAUUCCUUUAUGUUUAAAAGAAAAUUACCAUCAGAAAAAAAAGACUGCUCCAGUAACAAUAAUUCAAGGAAUAGUUCCAAAAUGUUAAUUAUUAUGUGAAAAGUAUGGCAUAUCUUGACAGAGGUAGGACUAUCAGAGCAAGAAGCCCUUCAGGACUACAUUUUCAGGAUCAAAGCCACCUGGAAAAGUGUGAUCUUUAAUUACACUCUUCUCCAUGUAUAAAUAUUGAUCUUAGUCAAAGUGCUUGCAAAGAGAACAAGCUCCCUUAAACUUCCAAGAUUUUAAGAAAUGUGGCUCUUAAUUUACGAUAGAGGUAUUAAGAAGACAACUGAGGAAAAGAGUAUUAAUCUAUUUUUUAAAACCUGCUAACCAUGUACUCAUAAUUCUCUUCUGUUUGAAAAGCAAAAAUAUUCUGAAGAAGGAAAUAUAUGUAACCAGGGUUAAUGAAAUUUGGCUCUUUACCCCCUCACUAGAUUCUACAAACUACAACUUCUGUGUAGGUCAAAGGCAGUUGCAGGAAAUUUGUCAGUAGAAAAUGAUAGACUUGUUCAAUCACUUGGAAUCUGUUAGCUAAGACGAGUCAUCGGGCUGGUUCUAGCUUCUGAAUACCCACUUUGGGAAUAGAGAGAUCUAAUUUGCUAUUUAUAUACAUCUAAUAUAUAACUGCCAUCAAUGAAUAGUCUAUUUUAAGCUGAUCUUUCUUUGCACAUAAUAAAUGAAAAUGCUUCAAUGCCAAGCCCAGUUCCUGACAGCAUAGAUCUCUGAGCAAGAUCUGCCAUCUGACUGAUCAUCUCUCAUCUCUUACUGUAGCAGUCUUCAGCUGCUUCAGCUAUGAAUUAAUCUCAGCAAGGGAAAUCUCUUAAGAAUACAUGUAUUCUUGAGUAUCACUACUCCCAUCUCUGAAGGAAACGCAUUCUGAUUCCUUCAUCUUUCUUUUAUUUUUUAAGUACAUCUAUAGUAUAAAUGGAUGCAGAUAGAAUGAGUUUGAAAUAUUGUAUUAUGCCUGCUUUUGUAAAAGGGGAAUUUGACUGCCAUUCCCAGUUCUGCAGUUGUAUCUUGGUUUCUGUAAGACCAACAGUGGUAUGGGGAGCUUAGAGGUCAUCUAUCAAUUUUGUUACCGUUGUCCUUGUUUCUAUAUAAUAGACUUACUGAACAGAUUCUUGCUGAGCAAACUUAGCAUUCUGGCUGAGGUAGCUGGCAUUUUGGGAUGAUAACUACUGGUCUUUGUAUCUGCAUUUCUGAAAAUGGUCUGAUUCUGUUGCUAGGAGGCUUCCCAACAUGGAAAAAUAAGCAAAAUGCUUUCUAGCUGAUGGAGGUGUAAUGUUGCCAAGUAACUUGCAGUACCUGGAGGCUUUUUGAAAGAUGCAAGAAAAGGAUCUCAAAGGCUCUUUCUCUGCCAGCUGGAGAAAGAGAUCCUUGAAACAUGCAGAGAUACUGAGCACUUUCUCAGCUUUCCUACAGAAAUUCUGAGUAGCUUCUGCGUCUAAAAUGUCAAACACCUCCAAAAAAACCUCAGUCCAACAAAAAGAGGAUAAGGGGGGGGGUAAAAGAAAAAUAAAUUUAUUUCCAGAAGAAUACUUAGAAAAGCCAAUACGUAAUGGCUUCUUUGUGUGUUUAGUAUUCCUUUCUCUGUGUUGGAAAGAGGCAGCAUCCCACACUUAAAAGUGUGUUUUGCUUUAUAAGUCUUGAUACCUGUUGAUUUGGUGACUUUUGGCCUAAAGAUGUAGGGGUUUUGUGAAUUUCAUAGUAAAUACCAUGAACACUGCACUUUUGGAUACAGGUCAUUUAUUGAAAAGGCAGGUUUUAUUGAAGAGCUAGUCAAGAACAAAAUUAAUUCCACUUGCAUAUUUAGACAUUACCCAAUUUAAAGGAUCUGACUUCUGGACUACUAGAAAAAGGGAUAACUUCAUGUUGAAAGGGUAAUAAGAACGCAGACUAGAAUGGAUGUGGCUUCUGAAGAGUUUUGUGGCCAGCAGUUCAUAUGGCUGUUUUCAGUGAUUAUUCCACACCUUUGCCCAUUAGAGCACCCUCACAAACAAGUCAAAAUUACCAACAGACUAUCAGAUGCUCUUAAAGUUUACUAAGUGCCUUAUAGAGAGCAUCGCUGAGGCAAUUAUUAGAUUGAAAGGAAGUUUGAUAAAAGAUUUACUACUCUGGAUGGAGUCACAGGUUAUCAGUUGUAACCAAAGUCAUAUUCCUGGUUAUAACACACUAGAAUCUUAUAUUUUAUUGCUGAUACAAGUACCUAAUAAGAAAGAGUCCAGAAAUUUCUGAGGCUUUCAGUUUGUAAAACACACAUUCUUUGGAGGAGUUGGGUUUUUUUCCUUCUAGUCAGCUGUGAUAGCCUGCUGGACUAUCACAGAAGUGAGUAAAACUGAGUAUUUCUGGAUGCUUUCACACUCUUAGUUUCAAACUCUUAGUUUCUCAAUCAAUUAUUACCUUUCUUGGAAAUAAGUACAUAAAUUGGUUUUAUUCAUAGGGUUUAUAUUUAUCCAACAGCAAUUUUAAAGGAUUUUAUUGUCAGAAAAAGGGCUUGUUAUUUUCAAAACAAAAAUCUUACCUGCCAGGUGUCUUCCCCAAAAUGAGUAAGUGCCUUUUCUGUUCUGACUCUUAGAAGUAUUUACUUUGACAGAUUGAAUCUGAAUGUCCGGGAUAAACCAACUAUUAAGUAUUGAGUGUUACCAAUGGCUUGAAAUCCUUUCACUGAAAGAACGAGAGACAGAAUGUAAGCCACUUGAAUUACUUUGAGACCUGAUAUUAUCAGAAGUCUUAUAACUGCUAUGAGUAGUAUACUUCUAAGAACAAUGUAACUUUUCAGGAACAUGAUAUUGAUAGGAAAUAAAUAUUUAUUAAAAGAAGUAUAUUAAAUAAAUAUUUAUUUACCAAUUUAAGUAAGAGAAAAUGUUACACCAUGGGGUCAGCAAUCUUGCUGUUAGCAGUCCUGACUACUUAAGAGAAAGUAAAACUGAGGUCCUGAACUCCAACCAUAAAAGAAUGUGUGGUAUUUGGUGAGAGAUUGGAACUGUGAAUUUUAGGUCCACAUUCUAAUAAAGCAAUUCUUCCUACCUAAGUUUUUACCAAUUCUCAAGCAGAAAAGAAAGCAUGAGCAGAUAUGAGUAAGAGGCCCUCUGGUUUUAUUGGUGCUGCUUCCUAGCUCUAGAGGAUUUUUUUAAUUAUUUUUUUUUAAACUUUGCUCAGGACUGGUACAGCUGAAAGUAUAUUUUCCCUUCAUUCUUAAGUCUAGACUUUGAAUGGAGUUUCUCUGAGACACUUUUGUAGUGAAAACGUAUUCCCUACAAACAUUGAAGACAAAAAUAAACAUCUCCGUGAACAAAAGAUUGUGUGUGGUUGUAAUUUUUUAAUAUACACAAAUUUAUUAUAAAAAAUCAGAAGGUACUCUAACAAAAACAUAACCAGUAUCUCAGCCUACACUUAAAAGGUCUGUGUAGCAGUCAGAAAAUACAGCUUGCAUCAUGAGGUGCUACAAAUUUUCUGUCUGAUAAACUGUGAACUAUUGUACAUGAAUUCCAAUUAAGUACUCCUUUAAAUAAAAAUGAUAAUACAUUGCAUUUAGCCAAGUGUGUAGUAGUCCUUUAAGACACUGCAUUAAACUGACCUCCUCCUGAACUCAUUUCAAAGGCAUUAAUAAACAAUUUAAAAUUCUGAAAGCUUGGCUGAAAAGCUGUGGGGAAGUGGCUGUAAGUAAAGAAACAGUGGGAUCUUUUCACAUCACAGUGAAAAGAUAUUUUUUCCAGAAUAAAUGCCCCACAAUGAUGAUGGAAUUGUUUAAAGAUUGUCAACUGUAAUGUUUCACGUUGUUAUAUACCAUACAGAUAGUUUCAGAUGAGCAUAAACAGAUGUGUUUGAAGCCCAGAAUAGUGAUACAUAUUGAAAUGCCUUAUCCAAGAAUAAAUUAAUACUUCUUGCCUGUGAAGAAUCUGACAAGAAUGUAUUAUUGGUGAAAAGUAUCGUGGUUGCACUAUAUUCAAACUUGACUUACAGUGAUGAUGCUUAGGGUGUGUUAUGAUAAAUAAAAUGGUAAAUAAAAUUAUUA